ACUAGGAGUGGUUUAUACCUCACCUCUGGACUAAACACGGCUAACUAAUGUAAACGCUGCUAUACUGCUUUGCAAUAACUACUUUGACGUACUUUUUACUCGAAUUCACAGAUGCUAUAGCUACGAGAUUGUUGUGCCAGUGUAAGGAAACGAAGAGGAACGAAUAUUGUGCCGUAGGUCUGGAAGCGUUUGUUUGGAUCAAAUCUACAUAAAAGGGAUACGGAUAGCGUGGAUUCUGUUAUUUUGGCAUGCGCUGAGUUGCUGAAACGUUGAGACUCCUGUUACUGCCAUGCUGCUGUCCCUCCUGCUGUCGUCUCUCCUGGCCGCACACACACUGGCCGAGCUGACCCUGGUCAUCCCGGAGCUGCCGGUGGUGGCCAUGUUCGGGCGUGACGCGGUGCUCAACUGCUCGUUCGAGGGCGAGCGCGCCUCGUCCAACCUGAGCGAGCUGAGCGUCUUCUGGCAGCUGACCGACACCAAGCGGGCCGUCCACUCCUUCACGGCCGGCGAAGACCAGCUGGCCGACCAGAGCCCGACGUACGCCAACCGGACCGGGCUGUUCGGCCGCGAGGCGCUAGCGUCCGGCAACGCCUCUCUGCUGCUGCGCAAGGUGCGCGUGGACGACGAGGGCAGCUACACCUGCUUUGUGCGCGUGCAGGAGUACGCAUCCGCCGCCAUGCUGCUGCAGGUCGCAGCCCCCUACUCCAAGCCGGUGGUGACGUUGUCGCCGGACACUGGGCUGCGUCCAGGGGACGAGGUGGCUCUGACGUGCGUGGCUUAUAACGGCUACCCGGAGGCCGAGGUGGUGUGGCAGGACGGCGCCGGACGCAACCUGACCGACAACGUGACCGUGUCACAGGUGGCCAACGACAAGGGCCUGUUCAGCGUGCGCAGUGUCGUCACGGUAACACUGGAGCCCGACAGCACCUACUACUGCCGCCUCACCAACACACUGCUAGGAGACGAGGGACACGCCUCCGUCAGCAUCACCGAGGAAGAAGCCAGAGAGUUGGAGGAGGAGUCUAAAGCAGCGUUGAGGGAGGUGAAGCCAGCCCCUCAGGCGGAGGAAGGACAGACUCCGGUGCUGGAGCUUUCGGACCGAGAUGGACUGACGGAGACGCAGUGAGAGA